AUGACGGCCGUAGAUCCUAGACUUUUCCCACAACGGGUGCGAUAUGCCGCCCUUCUUACCGUCAAUGUAUACGUCUUCAUGGGGAACAUGUACUCGUCGGGCAUAACGACGGGGUUUGAGUCCCUAGCUAUAGCCCUUCAUGCAGACAACUCCAAGUUGUCGGCCUUGGUCACCUAUUCGGUUCUCUCGAUGGGAUUGGCCAACCUGUUCUGGAUGCCUCUGGCCUUGUGCUUUGGAAAGCGCCCAGUUGUUCUCGUGUCCAUGGCGAUGUUCUUGGGUGGCAUCAUUUGGAGUGCAGUCGCCAAGGAUUAUAACAGUUUGCUCGGUUCGCGAGUCUUUGCCAGUUUUGGUUAUGGUGCUAUUGAGUCUCUGGGACCCAGUAUCCUGGCAGAUCUCUUCUUUGAACGAAACUAUUCGAGCGCCAUGGCCGUAUACGCGGCAUUCUUAUCUGGCGGCUCACAGAUUGGCCCUGUUAUUGCGGGAUACCUUAUCGAAGCUCGUGGAUGGCGGUGGUUCUUCAUUCUCUGUGCCAUCAUUGCGGGUGUCAACCUGGUCACCACCAUCUUCAUGCUUCCCGAAACAAUCUAUGACCGCGAAGAAGAGCCAGAAGUCACCGAAGACUUUGAGAAGAACGCGCAUGGCCAUCUUGAGACCGUUCAGACUCUGCAAUCUCAGGUAGGUGACCGUGCUGCAAUGGACUACGGUGAAUAUAUGAAGAAGCUCUUCACUUUCAACAUCACCAAGGAAGCGAAGGAGCGAGGCGUCCUCAAGCACUUCAUCUAUAUUUUCUUGCUUCCUUUCCCCCUGCUCCUAGUCCCUGGCGUGUUGAUCGCUUCGAUCAUGUACGGUGUUGUACUCGGAGGCAUCGUUGCGAUCUCAACCCUCGCCCCCUCCCUCUUCUCCCCACCGCCCUACCUCUUCACCUCCGCCGCUUUGGGCCUCUUCACCGUCAGCAGCUUCAUCGGUAUCGUGGUAGCGUGGCCCAUUGCCGGCCCGCUGACCGAUAUCCUCUCUCGCUGGCUGCGCAGACGCAACAACAACAUCCACAAGCCCGAGCACCGUCUCCCAGCGCUGAUCAUUCCAUUCCUGGUCUGUCCCGUCGGCCUCAUUGUAUUCGGAUACACAAUUGCACGACGAGCACACUACGUUCAACCGGCCGUCGGUGCAGCCAUGGUCGCAGCCGGACUGACCCUAGUUCCCUCUGUCAUGCUCUCGUAUGUCGUGGACUCCUACCCACGAACCAGUGGCGAGGCGCUUGUGUUAAUCAACACAUCUAAGAACGUUGUUGCGUUCGGACUGGCUCGGGGCGCAUAUUCUUGGAUGGCCAUGGAAGGUGUGGAAAAGAUGUUCUAUGAGUUUGCCGGAAUUGAGUGGGCGGUGAUUGCGCUGGCGCUGCCGCUUUACUUUGCCGGACCCUGGUUGCGAGCGCAUACCCAGAAGUUGGUCUAG